GAAAGGAAAGCCAUGCCAAUUUCAAAAGCUUCAUGGUACACCCUUCUCCUUCGUAAACCUCAUCACCAUCAAAACCACGUCGUUUUAACGCGCCGUUGUGGAGUGACCUGCACGCUGGGUCUCAUGCUAUUCCUCACCACCGUCUACGUUUUCUGGCCAUCCGAUCCUAACCUGACCAUCGUACGACUGAAGCUGAAGCGGAUGAAGUUGCACCCUUUGCCGCCGAUCACCGUAGACAUCUCCAUGGUUCUCACGCUAAUGGUGCACAAUGCUGACGUGUACUCCUUGGACUUCGGAGCCGUUAACGUGGCCGUUGCCUACAGGGGGAAGAUGCUGGGGCACGUGACGGCGAAACACGGUCACGUGAGGCCCAGGGGAUAUUCCUACGUGGAUGCUGACGUGGAAUUUUCCGGCAUUAGUGUGGUCCCUGAGAUGGUGCUUUUGCUGGAGGACCUGGCCAAGGGUAUCGUACCCUUCGAUACAAUUAGCCAAAUUAGGGGCCAAUUGGCCCUUCUCUUCCUUCACUUCCCUAUGAAGGCAAAACUAUCAUGUGAGGUUUUGGUGAGUACACGAAACCAGACAAUUGUUCGUCAACAUUGUCUCCACCAGUGAUGAACUGAAGAACUAGCCAAUAACCAAGCAGGGUCAGCAGAAGAGUCAGAACAUCUUUGCUCCCUCUCCAUAUGUAUAAUAUUAGUACUUGCUAGCUGGAG